GAGAGAGAGAGAGGGGUCGUGUAACUCGAGUUACUUAUUUUUCACAGUGGAAAUGUUUGCAGUGGUGAAUGUGAGAGAAUUAAUCAGAGAGCGACUAACUGCAGCCGCCGAAGAAAUAUUAGGAGUCUUUGAGCAGACGAUAUCGGUGUACGAGGAGGAGAUCAACCGCCAGCGCACACUGCUGGAUCUCGUCCUGAAGCCUGACUUAAAGCUGCACAGGACAGAGCUACCACGGCAAUAUGUCUCUAAGGAGGAGGAGGUGGUUCUUGCUGACCAGCAGCUCUGUAACCUGGAGAGGGACUCCAGCCUGGACCAAGAGACUCCACAGAUUAAAGAGGAGCAAGGCGACUGUGCCAACACCAGUCAGGAAGGAGAGCAGCUUGUACUGAAGCAGGAGGAUGAUUUCCUAAAUUCAGACAGAAGUGACAGACGUGAUCAAAGUCAAGACUGGACUCUGGUUUACAGUGAUGAUCAGAGUCAAAGUGCAGCAGAGGAGGAGCCUCCAGACAACGUUUCAGGUAAAAGGGUAAGAUCUGAAUCUGACAGAAGAGGCUCCGGAGUAUCUGAACCAAACAGUGAAGAUCAGCUCCUUUUUGAAAAGGGCGACCGUGGAAAGGCAGCAAAACCAAAGAGGAAACUAAGGGGGACCUCAACAUCAACUAGAAACAUUAAGGCAAAAAGAAAGAAGACACAGAAUGACAGAGGCCACAAAAAACAAAGUGGGAAAAACUCAAAAUCAACUAGUAAUUCUCAGCCUAAACCAACACAAUUAAAAAGUCACAUGAGGACUCGCACUGCUGAGAAGCCUUUUAGUUGCACAGUUUGUGGAAAGAGAUUCGGCUUCAAGCGUUACCUCAAACAGCACAUGAUAACCCACUCAGGUGAGAAGCCGUACUCCUGCAACACGUGUUGGAAGGGUUUCCGUCGUUUAGAACAUUUGCAAAUUCACAUGAGAAGUCACACAGGUGAAAGGCCUUACAGCUGUGUUUACUGUGAGAGGGCGUUUUCUGUCAGCUCGACCCUGACGAAACAUAUCCGGUUGCAUACAGGUGAGAAGCCUUAUAACUGAGGUGUUCAUAUGAAAGCAAGACCAAGAGGGGCUUACAAGUGCAGCCUCGAAGGAGAAGAGUUCGCAAGCUAUUUAACCCUGAAGAAACAAAUGAAUGUAUACCAAGAGACGUGUUUCUCACUGUUUGACUUUUUUUUUUAACCAGGAAUCUUUGUUCUUGUUCCUGCACGAACGAAAAAACAAACUGUGUUCCUAUGUUCAAAUCUGAAUUAAAGAAGGUAUAAUAAAAGCCACAAAGGAGUCUGUUUCCAAAAAUAAAGGCAGAAUGAAGAAGAAAGCAAGACAAUGGAAAGAGAAAUGUUAAAAAAAAAGAACAUACAGAACAAACAAGCCAAGGUGGUAGCAAGGAGAAGAAAGUGCUGUGAAAGUAAUGGAAAUUAUGGUGAUUCAACUCGGAGCAUAAAUCGAAAACCGCUAAAAUACAAAGAUGAAAUGUGUUUUAUCAUGCUAAAACGUUUAAGUAUAGAGGGACAGAAGUGAUUGCUACUAUAUAAAAGAAGAAUCUCAGUAAACUGGAAGAAGCUUUAAUUAUUCCUAUAACGAAAGAUGCUUGGAAACCUGCAAACUACAGACCAAUUUUCUUGACAUCACGCAUCAGUGAAGUGAAAGGCUCUUGGAAAAAAGAUGUAUGGUGUCUACCUACUAAAGUGGAUUUAGAAAAAGAAUGUGUCUGACAGAUGAAAUAAAGAA